AUGAUGAAGCCGUGUUAUGACCUAACAUCUUUCCUUCCCACACUGCAGAUGCACCAGACCAGGAUUCAGCAGCAGCAGCAGAUGGCUCAGGCCCAGGCCCAGGCCCAGGCCCAGGCUCAGGCUCAGGCUCAGGCCCAGGCCCAGGCUCAGGCUCAGGCUCAGGCCCAGGCCCAGGCUCAGGCCCAGGCCCAGUCCAUCCAGCACAUGGUCCAGCAGCAGCAGCAGGUUCAGGCUCAGGCGCAGCCUCAGCCCGGUCAGAUGCCUCCACACUCUCAGCAGCAGCAGCAGCAGCAGCAGUCCGGCAUGGUGCCUCAGUCUCUGGCCGGCCCGAUGACGUCCGCUCAGCACGUCCCCAUCAACUCGCUCAGUCAGCAGCAGCAGCAGCACCAGCUGAAGAUCCAGGCCUUCCAGGCCCGUGCAGCCUUGCAGCAGCAGCAGCAGGCGCAGCAAGUAGCGCAACAAGCGCAACAAGCCCAGCAAGCCGCAGCUCAGGCGCAGCUCAACGCCGCUGCUGCAGCCGCCGCCGCCGUACCUGGACAG